AUGUUGCUGCUGCUGCUGCUGCUGCUGGUGAUGCCGUCGUGGCGUGGAACCGGACAAGUCGCGGCGUUAGGGGCUGGCGGCGCGCAUUGUUGCUCCGUGCUAGGGCGCAAGCUCGUGAAAAGAGGGAGGGUUGGUGACGGAGGGGGAUUGGGGGUUUCAUCACGACGGAAGGGAGAGAAAGGAGGUCGACGGCAAAAAGCCCACAGUCCAGUAAGGUAAUAUCCAAUGGGUUUGUGUGUCUCUUGUGUGUUGAGGGUCACUUAGAAUGAGAGA